AUGAUCGGAUCUUCGGCUUCAAUUACUCCUUAUGCAGAUCCUUUAUUCCCGAUACGAUACUACAGACUCCCGUCCUCGAGUUUUCACUUUGCGGGGAGGAAAAGCUUAGGUGCGCCGGGACGGAACAAUGCGCGGUCAGAAAGACGAGCUGACGACAGAGAAAUCGACAAUGUGAAUGUGGUGGGGGACGCAGACGAAGAUAUUAGGGGUCCAUUGAAUAAGACCAUCUUGGCGGAAGACCAAUGGCAUUCCACCAGUGACCCUGAACGAAUAGACGACUUGAAGCCGGUUGAUGUACCUCCAGAUGGCGGAUAUGGCUGGGUUUGUGUCGCAUGCGUAUUCUUGAUCAAUGGGCAUACUUGGGGAGUGAACAGUUCCUAUGGGAUCUUCCUCGCCCAUUACUUAUCGAGCAAUACUUUUCCCGGCGCAACCUCACUUGAAUAUGCAUUUGUUGGUGGCCUAUCGAUUUCUUUGGCACUCUUCACAGCACCUGUAGCUACGAUAUGUACACGCAAAUUUGGAACACAAAUCACUCUAGCUAUCGGUAUUCUACUCGAAACAGCGGGACUUCUAGGGGCUUCUUUUGCGUAUGAAAUAUGGCAUUUGUUUCUAUCACAAGGUGUUGCUUUUGGAUUUGGUAUGGGCUUCCUCUUCGUAGGUAGUGUUGGAGUUGUCCCACAAUGGUUCUCGAGGCGCCGAUCUUUAGCCAACGGUAUUGCAACAGCUGGAAGCGGAAUUGGAGGGUUGAUAUAUUCCUUGGGAACAAACGCAAUGAUACAGUCUAUUGGUCUAGGUUGGGCUUUUCGAGUAUUGGCUAUCGUGGCUUUUGGAGUAAAUACCAUUUGCACAAUUCUGGUUAGGGAUCGAAACAAAGCUGUUGGAUCUGUUCAAAUAGCUUUUGACGUGCGAUUGUUCAAGAAACCUGAAUUUCUACUUCUUCUUGGCUGGGGAUUCUUCAGUAUGCUUGCGUAUAUUGUUCUUCUCUUCUCCUUGCCAAAUUACGCGAGGAGUAUAGGUCUCUCAGCCAAGCAAGGUUCAGUUAUUGGUGCUCUCCUAAAUCUCGGACAAGGUCUUGGCCGACCGUUCGUCGGGGCUUUCUCUGAUGUCACUGGCCGCAUUAAUAUGGCUGGAACGUGUACCUUCCUGGCAGGAUUCUUCUGUCUCGUCAUCUGGAUCUUUGCCAAAUCUUACGGCGUUCUUAUCUUCUUUGCUCUCAUCGUUGGAACCGUCUCGGGUACAUUUUGGGCUACGAUUGCACCAGUUGGCGCAGAAGUAGUUGGUAUCAAGGUUCUUCCUUCGGCUCUAUCUAUCACUUGGCUAGUCCUCGUAAUCCCUUGUACAUUUUCCGAACCAAUUGGAUUAAAGUUGAGAGCUGCAACUGGAGAUAUAUACCUACACGCACAGAUCUAUGCAGGAUGUAUGUAUAUAGCAGGUGCGAUCUGUAUGUGGGGUGUGAGGGCUUGGAAAAUCAAGGAAUUGGAUAGUUUGAGAGAAGGUGAAAGGGAGAUGAAAAUAAGGGAUAAUGAUGAGGUGAAGAGGGAGAGGAUCAGAGAGUGUGGUGAGGAGAAAGAGGUUGAAGAUGGCGUGGGUGUGCCGGUGAGGAGACAGUUGACGAGAACGGAAAGUGUGAAGAGGGCUACAAAGGGGUUGUGGGUUCUACAGAAAGUGUAG